CUUUGGAUCAUAACAAAAAUCGCAAUGGAAAACAAUUCUACUGAGUCAAAAUCUGUCCUUUGCACAUUGUUAGAUAAAAACGAUCAGCGCAAGUAUGUGUUUUUUACGCAAAACAAACCAGGAAGGGAUAUAAACAUAGGAUUUACCAAUGGCGAAGAUGUCUGGAAAACACAUUUUUCAGAGGAGAUCCUGUCUCAGUUUAUGAAAAAGUUUUCAUUGAAGUCAACAGAGGAUUAUACUCUUAAACUCAAAUGUGCAUGUAAGGCUGGGAGUGCAUUUGUGAGUCUACAGGAGGGAAGCGCAGUGCUACAUUUAGGACCUGAGCCCACAGACUUCAGUCUGACUCUGUCAAAACUCACUGACUCUGAGGGAAAAACAGAAGUCAAAGACCUGCUCUUUAAGAUGGCUGACAGCCUGACACAGCUAGAGAAUGCAGGCACGGCAGCUUCAUUUAGUCCAUUCAAGAGCCUUCAGAAAAGAAAUACUGAAUUUGAACUUAGAAAUCGGCCAAGCGGUCCAACAGUAGCAAUUAGAAAACGCCUUGUUGGGGAUUCCCUAAUCAACCCAGGAACAAGAAGGAAGAAAUCUGCGACAGGUGUGGCCUUUGAUGACGCAGAUGAUGAAUAAUAUCAAAAAACACAACCUGAUCUUUAGAAAUGGUGAAAUUGCUUUUUUUAACUAACACAACACUUUCUGCAUGUAAAGUUUUUUUUAAUGUAGGCUACAUGAUCACACUAUGAACUGUUUUAAGUCAUCAAGAUUUUGUUGGAAAAAACUUUUUAUGUAUGUAUAUAUAAUUUGGUGUAUAUUUACAUUAUGAUACUUUUUAGAAUAAAAUAAUAAUAUUUU